AUUGCGAAGUUGUUGUUGGGACCGCUGCCUGGGGGAAAAGCGGGUGUCCUUGACAAGUUCCGGGUCAACUUGCCGGCCCCCACAAUGUGGGGUGGGGAGUGUGUGUCUCCCCUCGUGUUUGCCUGAGGGCCAGUUGUGGAGCUGUCCGGACAGCUGGUUGCCUGGAUCAUUGCUGGCCUCCUCAUCUCGCCGUCAGCCCCAGACCCCAGUGACAAGUAGCCGCCGUUGCCGAGGAGUUUCAGGCGCUUAACGAUGCAAGGAGGGGACGUGACGGUCGCAGCUUCAGCCUCCAUGAAAGUGCCUGAACCCGAUGUGAAAGCUGAAGCGCCUGUCCAUAAACCGGUGGGAAGAGGAAGGGGAUGGCAAUAUAGUGAUCAUAUGGAGAAUGUGUGCGGAUACUUGAUGAAAUACACCAAUCUUGUCACAGGAUGGCAAUAUCGGUUCUUUGUUUUAAAUCAUGAAGCUGGAUUGCUGGAAUAUUUUGUCAACGAGCAGUCCAGAAGUUUGAAGCCAAGAGGCACUUUACAGCUAGCAGGGGCUGUCAUCUCACCAAGUGAUGAAGACUCUCACACAUUUACUGUCAAUGCCGCCAUUGGAGAACAGUAUAAACUAAGAGCUACUGAUGCAAAAGAACGCCAGCACUGGGUCAGUAGACUUCAGAUUUGUACGCAGCAUCAUACAGAAGCUAUUGGGAAGAAUAAUCCACCAUUGAAAUCGAGAAGCUUUCCCUUGGUUUCUCAAGGAAGCUGUUCUCCAGGUGUGCAGAGAAGAGCAAGUCAAAAUGCUGCUGCUUUUUUUGGUGUCAUUCAUCAUAAGACACAGGGACUGUCAAAGCGAUCCCACACCCUGCAACCAGACCAUUUGGUGGAUGUUCGUGAGAUGAUGAACCAGGCUGAAGGGCAACACAAGGAAUUGGUCCGGGCUAUUGAAGGACUUCCUCCCUUUGGAGAACAAAUAUCAUCACUGGACCAAGAUCUGCUUAUGCUCAAAGCCACCACAAUGGCAACAAUGAACUGUUUAAGUGAUUGUUUCCAUAUUCUCCAACUUCAACAGGCAUCCAACCAGAAAAGUUGUUUUUCUACAUGUGAAAGAGGAACAACAAUUGAAUGGUUGGAGCCGAAAUUAUCACUAACAGACAACCUCAAGAACGGAAAUGAACAUCAGUUGUCAACUGAGAAGGCUCGGUCAAAAGCUGCUUGUGAAGAUCAGCCGGCUUCUGAACACUACCAAAUGACACGGAAAUGCCCUUGCAUACUUUUUCAUCAUUUUGGGAAGUGGAGUGACCAAUUCAGUCUUGCUGAGCCAGGGUUACAGGAGAAUGCAUUAGGCAAUAAGAAAGCUGUAACUGUCCCUCUGGUACUACAUUACACUUUUCCUAAGGAGCCUGAAGAAAUAAACCCAGAUGAUGAAAGAGAAGAUUCUAUUGAGGAUGAGGAGGAAGAUGAUCUGGAAGUGGUUGAAGAACAGCGUAGCGUGAUAUUACACCUGUUGUCUCAGCUGAAGCUUGGUAUGGAUUUGACACGAGUGGUCCUUCCAACCUUUAUACUGGAGAAACGUUCACUACUGGAGAUGUAUGCGGAUUUUAUGUCCCAUCCAGACCUCUUCAUUGCUAUCGCGGAUGGUGCUACUCCUGAAGAGAGGAUGAUCCGUUUUGUUGAGUAUUACCUCACUUCAUUCCAUGAAGGCCGCAAAGGAGCCGUAGCUAAGAAACCGUACAAUCCAAUUAUUGGUGAAACAUUUCACUGCUCAUGGAAUGUACCAAAAACCGCCAGCAGUAUAUCAUGUAAUACCUCAUCACAGAGUUGUCUGCUGAAAUCAGAGUGCUCUGACGGCUUGGAGGGAAGAGGCCAGUCAGACUAUCUUUUACGAUUUGUAUCAGAGCAGGUGUCUCAUCAUCCACCUGUUUCAGGAUUUUAUGUAGAGUGUGAAGAGAAAAACAUAUGUGCAAACACUCAUGUAUGGACAAAAAGCAAGUUCAUGGGCAUGUCUAUUGGAGUCGUAAUGAUUGGGGAAGGUCUUCUGUGUCUCUUGGACCAUGGAGAAGAGUACACCUUUACCCUUCCUUGUGCUUAUGCUCGUUCUAUUUUAACCGUUCCUUGGGUAGAGCUGGGAGGGAAAGUUAAUGUCAACUGCGCAAAGACUGGUUACUCUGCAGCUAUAACAUUUCACACAAAACCAUUUUAUGGUGGAAAACUUCACAGAGUGACAGCUGAAGUGAAGCACAAUACAACAAACACUGUUGUAUGCAGAGUGCAGGGUGAAUGGAAUGGUGUGCUUGAAUUCACUUACAGCAAUGGAGACUCAAGAACCAUUGAUGUCACUAAACUUCCUGUCACCAAAAAGAGAGUGCGGCCCAUCAAGAAACAAGGCCCUUUCGAAUCCAGACGCUUGUGGCAACACGUGACUGAAGCUUUGAGGGUAAAAAACAUAGCAAAGGCAACUGAACACAAGAGCUUACUAGAGGAACGUCAGAGGUCAGAAGCCCGCCACCGUGCAGAGACAGAGACACCGUGGAAGACAAAGUAUUUCCAUCAAGAGGGUGAUGGAUGGAUCUAUUACAAGCCCCUGUGGAAAUCUGCAAGAGGCUACACUGAGACAGCAUCACCAGCACCUUAGGUUCUGUGCAACUGGACUACAGCAACAUGGUUUCAAGUAAUAAGCAAUCACAUCCGUAGCUGUGACCAAUGUUAUUUAACCAUGAUGGUUUCAUAUUAAAUUGUAAAAUGCAGUAAAUCUCUUAGCUGCUUUUAUUAAAUAUUGUGUGUCUGUAUGAUAUAAUGUAAGAUUGCUUUACACAUUGGCAUGUUAGCAGAAAGGACUCUUUAAAAUUACAGGACAAUGAAUGAAUUUUUAUCUUCAAUUACAUUUUAUAUCUUAUCUGAAGCCUUUUGACAAUUACUUUUUGGCAAGGAUCUUGUAUUAUUUUAACACCUAUAUUUGAAAAAAAUAUUACUUUAAUGAUUGCAGCCUCAGAACAAAAAGCUAUUUCUAAUUGGCACAGUGAAGUGCUCUUUUGGCUUGUUCAUGCAGUUGACAAGAAAGGCUGAAAUGCUGGACUGUUGAUCAGCCUAUGGAACUAUUGCAACAAAAUAUGCCAGAGUGAUCCUUUGGCUUAAUCUAUUACAUAUGAUCUUUUUAAGAAAGACUAUUCAGGAAAAAUUUGUCAUAUGAAGUUCCUUUACGUACAUUUCUUUAAAAAUUGCGGGCAAUUAAGAAACUAUCCCCCAGAAAAGGGUAAGCAGAUUGAAAGCAGUGAAUACUUGUUUCCAAAGUGUGCCUUACACUGUAUCAUUUGUUGUUUUUUUUCUUAAGUAUAGUCUUCCAAUUAGUAUGUGUGAAAUUAUCUGUUGCAGCUUAAAUACGGAUGUUAAUUUUCAUCUCGAACUGAAGAUGUAGUGAAUCUUAUAAAUUUUAUUUCAUCCUUUUUGCUAAAACUGCGUAACAAGCAAACUUCCAUAAAUACAAGAUUUUUUUUAAAGGAAGUGAUUUUAAAUGAAUUACUUUCAGGGGAACAACAUGGAUGGUGAAAUCAUGAUUGUUUUAUCUGUGCAGAAGUUCCAUGAAAUAUAACUUCUAAAAACACAAAGUAAAAUGAUGCUCUUUCACAGGAAAACCCAUCAUUACUGCAGAGAUUUAUUUUGCUUAUUUUGUGUGUGUGGCAAUAAAUUUGAAAUACCACAAGGUACUACUGAGCAUUUUAUGUUGUAUGAGAAUUAUUUUGUUUGUUAAAUAUUGCCUCUGUGACAAUGAAAAUGCUGUUCACGUUUCAUGAAUGUCUUGUGAUCCAUACAAUAACAAGAGAAAAAAUGUUUUUCUAGUUUUUGUGUAAGGCAUAACUUAUAACCUCAACUCUUAAGUUAUGAAAUUUUCCACAUCAGCUAAGUUUCCAUUCAUUUGUGUGGAACUUCAAUUUCAAUUUUUCUUUUUAAAGUUUAAUUGAAAUUAACUGAACAGAUCUUAAUUCACAAAGACUUUGUUUUGUUACUGGAGUAUUACAGAAAUAGAAAGUUCAUUCUGUAAUAUAUUGAAUAUGGAGAGAUACUAAAAAAGAAAAUAUCGUUACUCAUUGUAUUUGAAAUAAAAGUUCAACUGUAUUUCUUGUCUCACUUUGAUACUACAGUACUGUAUAUUUUGAAAUGGUACCUAGUUCACUGAAGGAAACUCAAAAUGACACUCCUAUGCUGGCAUCAAGUGUAA